UUUUGUUCUCGGAUAUGCAACCUUGAUGAUAGUCAGAGCUCAGUUCUGCUUUUACGUCAUUGCCACUCCACACGUCUUAACCACUUAGCCAGGACAGUUCCUGUUUCUCUUUUGAUACCUGCAGCUCAGAAGCACGACCGAACUAGUUGUCAAACGUUCAGGAACAUUCUUGGUACAGAGGAUCUGUCACCCGCGCUUUGGAAUCAGAUAUCGCUUCCUGUUAAGAAAGGUGGCUUUGGUGUUUCGCCUCUGGAGAGAGUUUCGCCUGCCGCCUUUCUUGCUGGUUGGGCACACACUUGCCAAUCACUUCUAGACAGGUUUCCAGGUUCAGGUUCCCUGCUGUCGUCUCUGUCAGAUCCAUCUGAAUCUGAUGGCCAAAUUGUCCAUGACCUAGAUGAGGCAGCCGCUAUGAUUCCGCCACUGUUGCUAUCUGAUGAAGAUCCGAAACCAGUUUCGUACGCCCGCCAUGAGCUUCUUUUAGCAGAUGCAAGAAAAUUGCAACACAGACUAUCCAAUGCUAUUGCUCAAAAAGACACCACAGCCCUUUUAGCGUCAGUCGUCUCUGACAAAGAUUCAGCACGAUUACAAUCUCUUCAAGGCCCCUACGCGGGAGCUUGGCUCGACUCUAUACCCUCCUCUCGCAAGUUCGCGCUAUCGUCUCCGGAAUUUAAUUUGGCGUCUUGCAUGAGGUUGGGGAUACCCUUGCCAUUUGGAGAAUGGGUUGCAAAUUGCGAAUGUGGAUCAAAACUCGACGCUGAAGGUUUCCACCUACUUACUUGCAAGUCUGGCGGCGGUCCCAACUGGCAACACAACAGCCUUGUCGCAAGCUGGUCCGACUGCCUUCUCGAUCUUGGUAUACAUCACCGAAAGGAGCCUCGCAACAGAUACAGCAACAGCGAUGAUAGGCCUGAUAUCGUCGUAUUUGACAGCGAAAAUGGCUCAUCUCUAGAUCUAGAUGUUUCAUUCGCCCACCCCUGGAGCAAAGACUAUCUGAAACGAACAGCUCGAAUCUGCGGAUUUGCUGCCAAAAAACGUGAGGACCUCAAGUUUUCAAAAUAUGAUCAGGAACGUCUAGCAAGUGGUGACUCACCAGCAUUCACACCUCUAGUUUUUGAGCACUUUGGCUGCUGGGGUGAGAAAGCUGUCGACUACUUAAGGGUACUUUCGAGAAAAUCUAGGGAUGCUGUUGGAAAAUCCAACACGGCUGACUUCAUAAAUUUUUGGCGUAAGCGCAUCUCUGUUCAGAUUCAAAAGUGCAAUUCAAGGGUCCUAUUAAGGAAGAUUGACAGGCUUACCAACUCAAGGAGACCAUACAAUCACGGUCAAGACUGGGAUGCCCAGUCUAUUUGGGCUUCAUAAUUUUGACAGCUAGUAAAUUAUUAUACGUAUGGAUUACGUUUGGUGACUGUAGCUGUCUACAUUCUAGUUUAGCAUAUCAGUGAUUUCUGUAUAUUUGGCUGUUUAGUUAUAUCUGAAAUAUAUC